AAAAACUGUCAUGUAAUAAUUUAUCAUCUGCUAGGGCCGGCGCCGUGGCUCACUUAGUUAAUCCUUCGCCUGCGGCGCCGGUAUCCCAUAUGGGCACCGGGUUCUAGUCCCGGUUGCUCCUCUUCCAGUCCAGCUCUCUGCUGUAGCCCGGGAAGGCAGUGGAGGAUGGCCCAAGUGCUCGGGCCCUGCACCCGCAUGGGAGACUAGGAGGAAGCACCUGGCUCCUGGCUUCGGAUCAGCGUAGCUCCGGCCGUAGUGGCCUUUUGGGGGGUGAACCAAUGGAAGGAAGACCUUUCUCUCUGCCUCUCUCUCACACUGUCUAAUUCUACCUGUCAAAUAAAUAAUAAAAAAAAUUUAUCCUCUGCUAAUUAUUUGAUUUCACUAUAUUUGCUUAACUGAAAAAUAUAUACAUACAUCUAUAUGUAUAUAUAUAUAGCACUUCUGUGAUCUCAUUAUACUCCUUGGAAACAUCUUUAUUGAGUUUUUCUCUUUAAAUUGUUGCUUUUGUAUAAGUGGCACCCAGCAAAAAUGUUUCAAAAUUAAUUCCUCUCUCUCCUUAUUUAAAAAAAAAUCUGUAAAAUUUGGUUUUGCUAUUAAAUUAGGGAUCCAGCUUAAAGUAAAGUAAAUGGGCUCCUUAAAAUACUUCCACAGACUCAACAUGAAAUAUAACCACUUCAGCAAGAUAAAAUCUGGACAUGAAUAUUAGACAAAGUUGCCAUGUAUAACGUAAGUUAUAAAUGUAUAAGCCACAGAGCCAAGUAAUGAGUAGGCAAUUAGUAGCAUAGUCAAGGGAUUUGAUGAAAACCAGAGCUAUUUCUGUUAUCAGAUGAGUGAGCAUUCUAAAUGUUUUCCUAAGGACAACAUGUGCUCCUCCAUAAUGGGAUGAGAGCCACUCUAAAAUGAGAAGUCGAUCUCACUUGGAUGCAUUUUAUUGGAAAACGCUCACCAGGGGGCAAUUCCUGCUCCAAGUGGUAGAGGACUAAGCAGACCGUGACAUGUCAUCACCAAAUUCCAUGCAAGGAUUAAUGGCUCCAAAGAACAAGAUGCCUCUCUAAGUCUCCCUGUAACCUUACACCCAAGUGGGACUUGUCCCGCCAUUCCAGUCCCCCUUACACACCAAGGGGCAGACGGUGGCUUUCCACAAGCCACAGAGGAGCAAGGCACAUGGAUAAUCCCGUGCCAUCAUCUCUCUUGGUUCAGGCCAAGUCAUAGCACUCAUGGGACCUGCCAAAACAGAAGCUCGCCUACCCUGGGGAGAGUGGGUUAGCGAGACCUGGAAUUUGCUUAGAGCCAUCUCUCACCACAAGGGAAGGCUACAAUGUCCCUGGAAAAAUAUUGUCUGAUUCUGCUACUAAUUUGGUUCAAACGACCUUGAAAGGCUGAGGGAUUUCAAUAACUCUUCCACCUCAUAUAUAAAAGGGCUGCAACAAUGAGAUGUCAGGACAGCACCUGUGGUCUUCCCACACCGGCGCUGAGGAGGCAGGAGCAAGGCUAUCGGCUCACCUGCAGAUCCAUCUGUGAGGGGAUGAACAACCAGUACAUCCGCCGGGAGGUCUUCUGCUGCGAAACUUGCGAUGAACUCAAAAGCUUCUGGGAAAAAGAGAUUAACAAACAGACCUGCUACCGAGCACUGGAGGAAGAUCGCCAGGGACGAAGCGCCCUGAGAAAGCUCCGGGAAGAAUGGAAGCAGAGGCUGGAGAUGAGGCUGAGAAUGCUGGACAACCCGGAUGAGAAGGGAAAGCAGGCAAAGCCCUCGGACUGACAGCUCCCCCGCCCCGCCCCGCCCCCGCCCCGCCCCCGCCCCACCCCAGCAGCUUCCAGGACCAGCCACCAAGGGCACUUUUCUAAGAGAAAAAGCUAACACCCAAGUUGUGCUGAUUCCGAGCAAGGCCACUCCCUGGUGCUCCCUGUCUGUGAAGGGAUUUACAUGUGAAACCGCCCCCGUGCUAAUGGGAGCUGUGAUCCUGCUCAAUCCUCCACACGCAGGGCAGGGCGACCGCAGAUGGGAUGGGAAGUUCCAGUUAUCUAAUAUAAAAAGCUCUCCGAAUUAACACGCCCAGGUCUCAGAGAUCCAAGUAGCACAAUGUAUUCCCACAUCUUCUCAUUUGCAAACCUGGAUGUUUUCUCUUUAAGUUUCCAGAGUGCGGGGACCUGGGCAGGCCUCUGGCUGCCUCAAGGUGUCCUGGGAAGGCAGUCAUGGAGUCUUGCCUUGCCUUUCUCCCAUUUGUGAAUGCAAAAAUGCAACUGCUUGCAGAAAUAAAGCUGUCAUUAUUCAAAGAG